GCUGACGGAAGCUUCGUUGUGCUCGCGGGUUCGUUCGGUACUGUUCGACGCUCUGCGGUGCUCAAGGAUGAGUUGAGAGGACAAUGCUUGUCAACACAGUGCUGCACGUAUGUUGUGGUUCUCUAGGUGUGCUGAAGGAGGCCUUGAGGGUGCCCUGAAUAAGGUUGUGCUGCUGGAUUCGUGCCUUAGCUAAAGCAGCACCGCCCUUCUCACAACGACCAACCCACCACACUUGCGCACACACACCGUCACGACCGGACACAGCACGGUCAUGGUCUCUCGCAAGCGCACGUACAGCAAAGUCGCAGAACAAAAGGACCAGAACGAGCAAUCAAACCAGACCGCAACCACAAACACCAUGGCGAAGAAGAAGCAGAAGGCGCAGAGCAUCAGGGGAAGCUAUAGGGAGGAGGAGUUCUGGAGACUGAUUCUGCGCGCCAUUAGGGAGCAGAGGGAGAGUGGCAGAAUCAGAAAGUUUGCGAAGACGCAGUUUCCUCCGUUCGAGCGCAAGGACAAGGACAAGGACAAAAGCGCCUAGAAUUUGCUCGUUCGCAAUCGAAUCUCUGCACGCGGCCGCGCGCUUGUGCCUUUUGGUAUCAAUGGGGCGGACUAUGGACGGCUUCACAUGGAACAGAGAGAAGGGCUGGGGGCCUCCACACGAUCGAGUUUUGCGGUACAUACACAACGCUAACUCCUUUACGUCUCUAUGGUGGGCUCGUCGCUCCACUUCCACAUAUUAGUCACUGUGACCGGCACGGAAGAAGCUGGCUGAAUCAAAACAAUUCGUCAUUCAGAGAAUCCCGA